AGAGUUAUCUGGAGUUUACCGAGGAGUUUACUAAGUAGAGUCAAGUCAGUUUACAUUUGGAACUCUGGUUGUUUUGUUACUUGUGGGUAUAUUUUUUUGGGCUACUCAAAAUAGUUUCUCAAUAUGCAGCAAGAGCAACCGUCAGGAUGCAGCAGCAAUAUUUCUAAAAGUCGGGCAAAAAAUCCACUUCAUUCUACAUCAGGAACCCUCAUGGAUGGAUAUCUUACUGAGGAGUUCGAACCAAUGGAGGUUCCAAUAGCUGAACCUUCUGAUGAGAACACAAUCAACAUCCUCAUCAUUGGGGAAACUGGAGUAGGAAAAUCCACUUUCAUCAAUGCAUUUGCUAAUUAUUUGAGAUUUGAGAAUCUAGAUGAGGUUGAAAGGGAAAAUCCUUUAGUUUUGAUCCCCUGCAAGUUUACUGUGACUGAUGAAAACUAUGAAUUGAGGGAAGUGAAGAUAGGAUCUGAUUCAAAUGAGCAUUGCCAUCUUGGAGAAUCAUCUACACAAGAUCCAAAAACUUACACUUUCCCAAUUAGUGAUGGUGAAAGAUUCGUACAACUUAUUGAUACACCAGGCAUUGGUGAUACACGUGGUAUUGACCAAGAUACAAUAAACUGCCAAAAGAUAAUAGAUUACAUUGCCCCUCUCAAGAUGAUACAUGGCAUUAUGUUCUUGAUGAAACCAAAUAGCAGCAAAAUCACUGUUCUUUUUGAAUUCUGUAUGAAGCAGAUUCUCUCAAGGUUGGAAAAAUCGGCAAGUAAUAACUUGCUCUUCGUGUUCACAAACACUCGGGGUACAUGCUACAGACCUGGUGAAACACUGCCUUGUUUGAGGAAGGUUCUAAAAGAUAUUAGUGAAAAACCGCCUUAUGUAUCUAUUCCUGUUAGUAAACAGAAUAUAUUUUGCUUGGACAAUGAAGCUUUCAGAUACCUGGCAGCAAUUGCUUCAGGAGUAGGUUUUACUGACAGGGAAAGACAAUAUUUUGUUGAAAGUUGGGAUAAAUCAGCUGAAGAGUCUUGGAGGAUGAUUAUUCAUAUUAUUGGAGAUGAUGUGCAGAAGCCCUUAGAACCUCAUAGAGUUGAAAACACGAUGUGCGUAAAUGAGGCUAGGGGCAUCAUCAACCAGUUGAAACAGCCAAUGGCUGAUAUAACCCAACUUAUUCAAGACAAACUGAGAGCAUUGCAAAAACAAACAGAACUUUUGGCCCUAGAUGAUUUGGACAUAACGGAUUUGAAAAAAAAUUUGGUUAUUCCAAUCAUUGAUAUAGAAGUUUGUGAACUGCCACAACCUGUCACUGUAUGCACCAGUGCCAAAUGUGCUCAAAUAUAUAAGGUCCGCACUGUUAGUAAGUGGCAUUAUGUCCAACGUUGCCACAAUCCAUGCUACUUAAAGAACGUGCCCAAAGAAAUGAUUGGUGCGCCAGAAUUAGUUGAUUGUGCUGCUAUGGAUUCUCAAGGGAAGUGCAAGUUAUGUAAAUGCGAUUUUUCCUGCCACAUGCAUAUUUAUUACGAAAGCAAAACAGUGGAUAAGACAAUUGAAAAUGAUAACAUCAAGAAAAGUUUGUUGUCAAAAGAAGAAUUGAGGAGGGAGAAACAACGAAUGAUCAAUGAAAUGAAUCACAUGAAAGAUGAACUUGAAGAUGAACACAAAACUAUUAUCCAUUACAUUGCCAAAUUUGCAAAUUUCUUGCAGCAAAAUGCUAUCACCCCUUAUAAUGACGUUUAUAGGCAAUACAUCGAAUAUUUAAUAGAUCUUGAGAAAUCGCAUGGUGAAACGGCGGAUAGAGCUCAUAUUGCAUACUUGAGAAAAUGUCAAAAUGAGUACGAUGAGGCUAAAAAAGUUUUCGAUAAUGUUCUCAGCAUGAAGAAUCAAACAGUUGCAACAAUUACUCCUGAAUCCAUAAAAAAAAGUGUUGAUGAACUCUUCAAAUUGAAACAUACAGGAAAAAAAAUCCAGGAGCUUUACAAAUCUCAAUUCACUGCUAUUAACUCAGAAAGGAAAAAUGUUCAACACUACCCUGCGAGGAAAACUCAUAGAGAGGAAGGAAUUUUCCAGAAUUGCACGAGACGAUUGAAAAACUUUUUCAUCAGCAGUGAACAGAGUAGCAUCGAAUCUGAAGAAGACAAUACUAACUACCCUAAUGAUACUCAUAAGGGAAAGUCUUUUAACAAUCAUAAAAAGGGGAGAAGAGGAAAACAAAAGGGACGCUAUUAUGAGAACCAUUUGAACUUGAUGCAACAAGAAGCUUCAGCUGCCUUGGCUGCUUUGACCGGUGAUAUAAAAUAAAUUUGAGAAAGUAAAUUUUUACUUUUAUAAUCAUAUUCAUUAUUCAUAGAUUUUGACAUUAGUAUUUUCUUAAUUUCAUAAAUAGAAUUUUUUUUAUAUUCCGUUAGAAUUUUUUUAUUUUUGUUAAUAAGUGUUUUGAUUAAAUAACAACUGAAAUAUAUGUUGUCAUAACUUUU